AACCCAACUCGCUAUGAUAUAAAAACUUCGCCGUCUGAGUAGGAAUCAAAAGAACCCUAGCAGAGAGAGAGAGAGAGAGAGAGAUCCGUGAGAAGCAGCUGCAAGAAGAACCCUAGCACAGUUCCUGCGAAAAUCCUUGCAGCCAUGGCAGAUGUUGAACCCGAGGUCGCCGCACAGGGAGUGCCGAAGAAGAGGACGUUUAAGAAGUUUAGUUUCAGAGGUGUUGAUCUCGAUGCUCUCUUGGACAUGUCCACUGAUGAACUUGUUAAGCUCUUCUCUGCUCGUGCACGUAGAAGGUUUCAACGUGGUUUGACCCGCAAGCCUAUGGCACUAAUCAAGAAGCUCCGCAAGGCUAAACGUGAGGCCCCUGCUGGUGAGAAGCCUGAACCCGUGAGGACUCACCUCCGCAACAUGAUCAUUGUGCCUGAGAUGAUCGGUAGCAUCAUUGGUGUCUACAAUGGAAAGACCUUCAAUCAAGUUGAAAUUAAACCUGAAAUGAUUGGUCACUAUCUAGCUGAAUUCUCAAUCUCAUACAAGCCUGUUAAGCACGGUAGGCCUGGUAUUGGUGCUACUCACUCCUCCAGGUUUAUUCCUCUCAAGUGAAGAUUGUCACUGAAGCUCGUAUCCAUAUGUCAAUGGAAACUUUUUCUUGUUUUAUCGCAACUAUUUAAAUAUUUUGUUUCUACUUGACAUUGUUUUUAACUUAGCACACCAGUAAACUGAAGUUUUGGAUUUAAUAUAUCUGUUAUUGUGUUUUUUGAA